CCUCCCUCUCCCCUUUCAUCUCCCCUUUCCCCUCCCUCCCUCUUUCUAAUUCCUGCCACUAGCUCGGAGCCUCAUUCAGCAGCCGCUGAGGGUGGAGUGUAAUAGGCUGAAGAUGCUGCCGCCUCUGCUCGGCGUCUAGUUGUGAAUGGGACUUGCCUCCUCUCCCCCUACUCCGGAGGUGGCCCCGGGAAGCCUCCAGCCCCGCUGGACUCGCAGCCAGAGCUGAAGCACUGGAUAAGUGGCAGCAGAAAGCUUUCAUCUGCAUUGUCUUCAGAGUAUCAUUAAGUGGCGUUUCAAAUGUGUGGAAUAUGCUACAUAAAUUGGCAACAUGAUUCCAGUGGGUGAAAAUGCAGCUUUUCAAUUGAAUGAAAUUAAAGAUGAUUUGGUUGGACCAAAGACUUCCAAACUGGGCUUCAAGAAUUAAGCUGGGAAGCUGCAGAGCAUUAAAGUGAUGCAUUCCAGGUGUGGUGGCAACGUGUGUGCAGAACAUUUUAUCUGAACCUUUUCAGUGGCCCGAAACUUGUUAACUUCCAAGGUGGAAGGGGUAUAUUCUUGGAUACUCCUGUGCCUACAAAAUAACCAAAAAUGAAGGAGGACAAUUGUUUACAUGCCGCUCUUAUCUGCCUGGGCAUGCUCUACUACAGCCAUGCCGUAACUACAGAAAAACUAAACCACGUACGGCCAUCACUUCAUGGUCACCAUGAAAAAGGAAAAGAAGGACAAGUUCUGCAUCGUUCAAAAAGAGGUUGGGUGUGGAAUCAGUUCUUUGUUAUAGAAGAGUACACAGGACCAGAUCCUGUACUAGUGGGAAGGCUCCAUUCAGAUAUUGAUUCUGGAGAUGGAAACAUUAAAUACAUUCUCUCAGGUGAAGGAGCAGGAAUCAUUUUUGUUAUUGAUGACAAAUCAGGGAACAUCCAUGCAACAAAGACACUGGACCGAGAAGAGAGAGCUCAGUACACUCUCACGGCACAGGCUGUAGACAGGAACACUAACAGACCUUUGGAACCACCCUCUGAAUUCAUUGUUAAAGUCCAGGAUAUCAAUGACAACCCCCCUGAAUUCCUUCAUGAAAACUACCAUGCCAAUGUGCCAGAGAGAUCAAAUGUGGGCACAUCUGUUAUUCAGGUAACAGCUUCAGAUGCUGAUGAUCCUACAUAUGGGAACAGUGCCAAAUUGGUUUACAGUAUUCUUGAAGGUCAGCCGUACUUCUCAGUGGAAGCUCAAACAGGAAUUAUCCGAACUGCCCUUCCAAACAUGGACAGAGAAGCUAAGGAAGAGUAUCAUGUUGUAAUACAGGCAAAAGAUAUGGGAGGACACAUGGGAGGCCUCUCAGGGACAACCAAAGUGACAAUUACACUUACAGAUGUCAAUGACAACCCACCAAAGUUUCCACAAAGUGUGUACCAGAUGUCUGUGUCAGAAGCAGCUGUUCCUGGAGAGGAAGUAGGGAGAGUGAAGGCCAAAGAUCCAGACAUUGGGGAAAACGGCUUAGUAGCUUACAGCAUCAUUGAUGGAGAUGGCAUGGAUAUGUUUGAAAUUACAACAGACUAUGAGACUCAGGAAGGUGUUGUAAAGCUUAAGAAGGUCUUGGAUUUUGAAACCAAAAAGUCCUACAGUCUGAAGGUAGAGGCAGCCAACGUGCAUAUUGAUCCGAAGUUCAUCAGCAAUGGGCCAUUCAAGGACACGGUAACAGUGAAGAUUACAGUGGAAGACGCUGAUGAGCCGCCUGUAUUUUUAAAACCAAGUUAUAUUUUUGAAGUACAAGAAAAUGCAGCAUCUGGUACUGUGGUUGGAAAAGUACAUGCCAAAGAUCCUGAUGCUGCAAACAGUGCUAUAAGGUAUUCAAUUGAUCGUCACACUGACCUUGAAAGAUAUUUUACUAUUAAUGCAGACGAUGGCAACAUCAAGACAAUAAAAGCUUUGGAUAGGGAAGAAAUUGCUUGGCAUAAUAUCUCUGUCUUUGCUGUUGAAGUCCACAAGCAACACCAGGAAGCCAAAGUUCCAGUUGCAAUUAAGGUUGUUGAUGUCAAUGACAAUGCUCCAAAAUUUGCAGCAGCCUAUGAACCGUAUGUCUGUGAGAAUGCUCGAACCAAUCAGCAAUUUAUUACAAUUAGUGCUGAUGACAAAGAUGAUUCAGCCAACGGACCAAGAUUUAUCUUCAGUUUACCACCUGAAAUUAUUCAUAAUCCAAACUUUACACUCAGAGACAACAGAGAUAACACUGCAAGUGUUCUUGUUAGACGUGAAGGAUUUAGUCGUCAAAAGCAAGACUUGUACCUUCUUCCUAUUGUAAUAAGUGAUGGAGGACUCCCCCCUAUGAGCAGCACCAACACCCUGACCAUCAGAGUCUGUGGCUGUGACAGCAAUGGCUCCUUGCUCUCCUGUAAUGCUGAAGCCUACAUCCUCAGUGCAGGAUUAAGCACCGGAGCUUUAAUCGCCAUUCUUGCUUGCAUUGUGAUUUUGCUUGUCAUUGUAGUGUUGUUUGUAACACUGAAGAGGCAGAAGAAAGAACCUCUGAUUGUUUUUGAAGAAGAAGAUGUCCGUGAGAACAUUAUUACUUACGAUGAUGAAGGAGGAGGAGAGGAAGAUACUGAAGCUUUUGACAUAGCUACCUUGCAGAACCCUGAUGGCAUCAAUGGAUUUAUUCCUCGUAAAGACAUAAAACCUGAGUAUCAGUAUAUGCCAAGACCGGGGCUUCGACCAGCUCCCAAUAGUGUUGAUGUUGAUGAUUUCAUCAACACAAGAAUACAGGAGGCUGAUAACGAUCCAACUGCUCCUCCCUAUGACUCUAUUCAGAUCUAUGGCUAUGAAGGAAGAGGCUCAGUGGCUGGUUCACUUAGCUCAUUAGAGUCAGCGACAACAGAUUCUGAUUUGGACUACGACUAUCUACAAAACUGGGGACCUCGAUUUAAGAAACUUGCAGACUUGUAUGGCUCCAAAGACACUUUUGAUGAUGAUUCUUAACAAUAAAGUUUAAUAUUUGGCCUUAAGAACUGUGUCCAAUGUUCUGAAGAAUCCAGAAGAAAUGUAAGCAGGUAUUUUUUUAAAAAUCAAGAAAAGUCUCAUUUAAACAUUUGACAGAAGGGAUUCCUUUGAUAAAAAAGGACAUAAAAGUGGUAAAUACUGUGAAGUACCUUUUCCUACAAAAGGCAAAUGCAGAAGUUGGCUGCCAACUUCACUAGAGGAAAAAAACCCACUUAAGAAACACAGAAUAUUUAAAUGAAGGAAAAUGCUAAAACUGAACCUACAGAGAAGGGAAAUCUUUUAUGUAUUAUGAACAUCUAAAUCUUUUAUGUCAAAGAAGCUUCCACAAAUUAGAAAAGUUAACAGUUCUGAGCUGUAAUUUCGCCUUAAACUAUGGACACUCUAUAUGGUAGUGCAUUUUUAAACUUGAAAUAUAUAAUAUUCAGCCAGCUUAAACCCAUAUGAUGUAUGUACAGUACAAUGUACAAUUAUUAUGUCUCUUGAGCAUCAAACUUGUUACAGCUGAUUCUUGUAAAUCUUUUUGCUUAUACUUUCAUCUUGAACUAAUACGUGCCAGAUAUAAAAACUCUGUCUUGUUGCAGUGGGAGGCGCCCUAUUUCUAUGUCAUUUUUAAUGUAUCUAUUUGUACAAUUUUAAAAUUCUUAUUUUAGUAUACAUACAAAUAUCAGUAUUCUGACAUGUAAGAAAUGUUACAGCAUCACACUUAUAUUUUAUGAACAUUGUACUGUUGCUUUAAUAUGUGCUUCAAUAUAAGAAGCAGACUUUGAAAUAAACUGAUUCUUUUUUUAA